AUGAUUAAAAACAAUAUUCGACCAAGAGCUUCAAGUGAAAGACUUGAUAAAUUAGCUGCUUUAGAAAAUCAAACCAGCCUCGAUUGGAUAAUAAAAAAUUCUUCGAUGUUGGAAUUAAAAUCUAAUAUUAAAAUGAUUCCUAAAGAUUCUUUGUCAAUUAAUAUUCAUGUUCCAGAGCAUGAAGGAAUAGCAACAAUAUGGGGAGAUAAAUGGUUUGGAUAAAAAAAGAUUUCUUAGUUCAGAGGUUUAUUAUUUUAUGACAAUUAAUUUUGUCUUGUUUUAAACGAUUGUUUUAUUGAGAAGAAGAAAUAUUAAUCAUCCCAAUUUAGAGCAUAUUUUUUGAAACUUAUUAAUUAAAGUGGAUAAUUAGUGUUGAUAUUUUCUCAUCCAUUAUCUCUAAAAUAGUGGAAUAAUUGUAUAAAGAAAUUUUGCAAAAGAAAUAAUUUUUAUAAGAAAUACAAAGUAGUAGAAUUGACAUGUUAAAAUUUUUAUUAAAUUUAACAUAAAAAACAAAAAUCAUUAUUUACCUCAUAAGUGAUUAAUUUAGCAACUAUUCAAAAUUAUGACUAGGCAGAAUUACUUGACAAUUAUUUAAAAAUCUUAAGAAAUUCCUCUAUUAUUAAUUACAUAGAAACUAUUGGUGUUUUUGAAGAGAAAUAAAUGUUAUUUAUAGUUUGUAAAUAUUUUAAGGGAAAUUCUCUAGAUUAAUUUUAUAAUUAAUCAAAAAAAAAUUUUUUAACCUAAUAAUAAAUAGCAACAAUCUGUAAUUCUAUAUUACUCUCACUUAAAUCUCUAUCAGAUGAAGAAUUAUUUCAUGGGAAAAUAUCAUUUGAAAAUAUAGUUUGUUAUAGCAAUAUAAAUAUUUAAUUUGGAGCGUAUUUGAUUAAUUCCAAUUAUAAAGUAAAUAAAAUUAUCACUUUAGUUUUACGAUUCAAAAACAAUUUCUAAGUAUAUUCAAUCUACACCAAAUUAUUUGAUAGCGCCUGAAAUUAAUAAUGGAAUAAAUCCAUCAACUUAAACAGAUAUUUAUUAAUUAGGAAUAAUUUUAGGUUUAAUAACAUUUUUUAAUUAUAAUUAAACAUUCAAUAUAGAUUAUUUCUAAUUUUAAACAUCAAAAUUAAUGCAACUAAUUAUUUAAUAAGAAAAAUUAAUAUUAAAAUAAAAAUAAUCUUAAGAUUAUCCACAAUUAUUUAGUAUAAAUUAAUUAGAUUUAAUAAAAAGGAUGAUUUAGCCAAAUCCUAAUCUUAGAAUAAGUAUUAAUGAUGCAUUAAAACAUGUUUGGUUAAUAAACAAUAAAGAAAAGAAAAUAUAGAAAUUAACGACUUAACAAAUGGUUUUCCCUAGUUUAAGAACAAUUAUAGAAAUAAAAGAUAGUGAAUGUGAUAUUAAGAAAACUCUCAAUAAUUUUUCUGAUGAAAAUAGUUCAUUUGUUAUACAAGGAUAAGAUCAUAAUUCUCUAUUUGUUUAAUUAAAGCAAAAUAAAAAAAUUAAUUCAGAGACAUUUGUAGAUUCUAAUGAUGAGGAUGAUAAUUUGUUGAAUGAAAAAAUUGAAAAAUUGAAUUAGUAAAAUUAUUUGGUACCCUCAUUUAAAGAUCAUUUUUGUCAUUAUCAAUCAUGA